AAUAUACCGAAAUCGAGCGCAGACACGUGCCUCUGUAACCCCGCCCUUCCAGUUAACUCCCCCUGUGACGACAGCAGAGGCCUCCCAAUGCGGGGGCUUUGAGCAUGGGCACUGGCUGCGCCGUGGUGAAAAACGUGUAUUCGCCCUGUGUGGUGUCAGUGACAAACAAACCAGCCCAGCGGAGCACAGUGAAAGGGAGUGUGCUGGAUUCAUUAACGCUGCAUCCGGGGCGCAUCAAUUAAACGGAGGGAUUCAUAAAGGAAAGGUGGCAUGCAUGCAUGUAUGUGCGUGUAUCUGCAGAUAUUUGGAGACGGCGGAGGUUUUCGAGGAAUUAGAAGUGGAUCGCUACUGAUGGGUGGGAUGUAUGGGCUGUGACUUCUGACUGCCUGCAUUGUUUCAUAUGUUUCCUGGGAUGGAUUAAUUUUCCUCCUCGACCAUCAAAGGAAUAAUAGCUGAUUAACCCAUCUAUUCGCUCCCAAUGAUUCUCGAGAGCAGAGAGAUGGAUGGGAUCGGGAACACCAUGCAGAAGAAGGCUGCAGAGCUGGAGCGGCUGGCCGAGGUGCUCGUCACCGGAGAACAGCUGAGGCUGCGGCUCCACGAGGGGAAGGUAAUCAAGGACCGGCGGCACCACCUGCGGACUUACCCAAACUGUUUUGUCGCCAAGGAGCUGAUUGAUUGGCUGAUUGAACACAAGGAGGCCUCAGACAGAGACAUGGCCAUCAAGAUCAUGCAGAAACUUUUAGACCAGAGCAUAAUUCACCAUGUCUGUGACGAGCACCGAGAGUUCAAAGACUUGAAGCUGUUUUACCGAUUCCGCAAAGACGACGGCACUUUCCCAUUGGAUAGCGAAGCCAAGGUCUUCAUGAGGGGGCAGAGGAUCUAUGAGAAGCUGAUGAACACAGAGAGCAACCUAUUGCAGACCAGGGAGGAGGAGGGCGGGACGUUUGAGCGGACAUUGGUGGCCUCCGAGUUCAUUGACUGGCUGCUACAGGAGGGAGAGAUAGCGACCAGGGAGGAGGCAGAGCGGCUGGGACGACGACUUCUUGAACACGGCAUCAUCCAGCAUGUCACCAACAAGCAUCACUUUGUAGACGGGCCUCUCCUCUACCAGUUCAGGAUGAACUUCAGGAGACGGCGGCGACUGAUCGAGCUCCUUCAGGAGCGCAGCCGCAGCAUCCCCGAGAGCCACGACAGCCCCUUCUGUCUCCGGAAACAGAACUCAGACGGAGGCAACACCAGCUUCCUAUCAGUGAGUCCCACUAAAGAGAUAAAGGUGGCAGUCGGUGUUCGUCGGAGCAGCAUGAGCAGCAGCUGUGGCAGCAGCGGUUAUUACAGCAGCAGUCCGACGCUCAGCAGCAGUCCACCUGUCCUCUGCAACCCCAAAUCUGUUCUGAAGAGGCAAGUGAGUCCAGAGGAGUUCCAAACACCAGGAGGACCUUUUAUAAAGAAGACAUUCACUAUUGUAGGUGAUGCUGUGGGCUGGGGCUUUGUGGUUCGAGGUAGCAAACCCUGUCACAUCCAGGCUGUGGACCCUGGUGGACCUGCAGCUGCUGCUGGCAUGAAGGUGUGUCACUUUGUGGUGUCAGUGAACGGACUGAACGUCCUCUCCCAUGACUACCGGACCGUCAGCAACCUGAUCCUAACUGGACCCAGGACAAUCGUCAUGGAGGUGAUGGAGGAGGCGUGAUAUUUACGCAGAGCCUCAUAGAAGAGAGGUUUAGCAUCGACCUGGGGACUAGAAGGUUUAGUGCUUAACCUCAAAACCACACAGAUCAAGAAAUUGGAUGACUCAAAAAGGACCUCGCACUCUUUCUGUUCCAAUGUUGUUUGGAGAAGGUGGAUGCCUGAGAAACUGUGGUUGCAAGAAUGUGGGAAGUUGAGUCAAGUAUGUGAUUCAACCCUUGGACACAACACGCAGGUUGUUCUCCUUUUUUUUUUUUUUCUUCUUCUUCUUAGAGGUGCAAGAUCCCCCACUCCCACAGAUCACGAUUCAAUAGCUCCAGUGUUUCCACAAAGAUUCAGUCUCUGACUUUAUGUGUGGAGGAAAGAAAUCCACAUCUCCUGUACGUUUGACUUUCAAGCCAAAACUGUGCAAUGAAUCUGUUGCUGAACUCAAUGAGAGUGUUUAAAAGGAUAUCAUUAAAAUCUGAAGAUGAACAAGUAAAAGCUGCAACUAUAAGAAUGAGGAAGAAUAUUUCAUGUAGCCACAUUAAGUGACCUCUUCCCCAGUUAGUUUCCAACUCUUGACUGGAGCCCCUGGUUUCUCUGCAGCGCCCUCUGCUGGGAAGAAAACACAGCUUUGAUAUGAAACUCUUUGGUUUCUGUUUUUUGGAUGUUUUUUUUCCUAGCCUUCGGAACUACCUAAAAAAAAUAAGAUAAAUUUGUAUUCUUGUCCUGUGAAGAGUUACCCACAAUAUCACAGGUAACUGAGUCUCCAGGUGUAUGUCCAUUUAGUUAAUAUUUGUUAGUGUACAUAAUGAAAAUACAGUUUUAAACUGUAUGACAUUAAUAGGCACAAUGUAUAUAGUUACCAGACGUAACACAAACAAACUGAGAGGAGGCCGGCUUUAGGAAGGCAGCAGUCGUACCAUUUUGUAACAUCACUACUAUUCAACCUAAAACUGCUUCAGCACUGAGAUCAUAUUAGAGUCUUUAUAGAUGAUAAAUAGGAUGAAUGACCCUGAACUCUAAAAACUUCUUUAAGAUAGAGCAUGAUGACAAAAUAGUUAAAACCGUAAAUCUUCAGUUAUAUUUCUCAGCUCUUAAAUACCUUCAGUGAAACUCGACAAUAAGUGUUGAAGUUAUUGUUGAAAAAACAAAGAAAGAAAACAUAGGAUGUUUUUCAUACCAGUAGAAAUACCAAAUCAGUUAAUGGGAGGAAAGUCACAACCGGACAAUUUACAGAUUUAAAUGUAGUAAACAGUAGAUUAUGUGACCUUGAAUAGAACUUGUAUCUAUAUACUUAAUGUUGGAUGGAAGAAUAGAAUGAUUAUAUGAGCACUUGAGCCAUUAACAAUAGUUCUAAUUCACAAAAGCACUUAAGUGAUGAAAGUUUUUCAAUUGGAAUUUAUAUAAUAACUUUAUAUAGCACCUUUUAAAAAAAGAACAAGUUUACAAAUUGUUUUGACAGACAAAGCUAAAGCAGGAUAUUCAGAAGGCAAAAUAAAAGUAAGUCCAAACAAAAGAUAGACAAAAUAAAGAUAAGGUUAAAAGAAGACGAAAGAAAAAACAAAACAAAAGCAGAGAGAAGACAAAGAUGAUGAAAGACAAAGACAGUAAAAGAGAUGAAAGACAAUAAAAUUAACAUUAUAAAUACAAAUAUGAAUAAAUACAAAUAAAAAGAAUACGAGCAAUAAAAGAUGACAUCACAUAAAAGCAAGUCUAUAAAAAUUGGUUUUAAAAAGUAAUAUAAAGUGAGUUGAUUCUGUGAGUCUUAUCUCCUCAUGCAGGUCGUUCCAAAGCCGAGGGGCCCUGAAGGCAAAAGCAUGGCCACCUUUAGAUUCAAGACUCGACUUUAGAACAAACAGAUGGGUCUAUGGCUGCAAACUGGCUUGUAUGAGGUCAACAUUUCUGUUAUGCAUCUUGUGGCCAGACCCAGACAUGCUAUAACAGUGAUCAGUAAAAUCAUAAAAUCAAUUUUAAAUCAAACGGGAGAAGCCAAGACUGUUUUGAUGUGAUGUUGCUUUUUAAAACCAGUAAGACGCUGAGCUGCUGAACUAGUUUGAUAUGAGAGUGACUUUUUUUUUUUUUUUACUGUAUAUGUACAUUAUAUACCUUGUGUGUAUACAAUCUGACAUCCCUGAUUUGAAACUAAUGAGAGGGAAUAACCUCCCUCCCGCUUGCCCCCUACAUCCCUCAUUAUCUGUGUUAUAUAAAAUGUUAUAAUAAUCACAUGUAUAGUAAUUACAUGUCCAGUAUGAUCAGUGAAAGUUCACCCAAAUAGAAAAGAUGUUUUCUCACUCCUGUGCAACUCAGCCAUGCAGAUAGCUUUUGUUUCAGUAAUGAGAUUUCUUCCUUCUUUCCAAUACAAUAAAAGUGAAUUGAAUUUCUAGUCCUCACAGGAUUAAAACUAAAUUAAAUAUCUCUCCAAACGUAUGGUCCCUGUUACAUCAUAAUCUGGAUAAAAAGGCUGUAAAUAUUUGUCUUUGGAACAACUUUCUGCUGAAGAAACUGUCCUGAUUAAUACUGUCAACAGUGUGUUGUGUGGAUAUUUCAGAGCUGCUGAAUUCAAAUUUCCUCUUUUCAGUGCCGUCAGCAACACAGACGAAAUUCACUUUUCUAUGAGGGUGGUGGUAGAAAUCUCAAAGAAGGGUAUCUUAAAAUCUGAGCAAAUAAAACUGAAUCUAAGUGAUUAGAUGCCAUUAGAAGAACAGUAAGUAAGAAAGCUUUAAAUCCAUGUAUCCUAAAAUUAAACUUUAACAAUUUAAGCAGGCUUCAGCUUUAGAUGAAUAGAUUUGUACAUUAUUAUCUUCCAGCUAACAUCAGAAUUGGGUGUACAGUGCAGUACACGUGUAGACUGUGCCGUCAUGUUAUCCUGCUUAGAUAUAAUGUAGCAUGGAAGGAUUAUAUUUAAAACUAUAGAAUAAUAACUAAAAAAAAAAAAAAAGCAUGGAUAUGUGCUGCUCAUAUUGCUUAUGUUUCUGUAAUCCAUGGUUGAUUCCUCAGUAAACACUGCUGUUUACUUGUGUUGGACUAAAACUACACUGCCUGGUUUAAUGGAAGUAUACUUGGUUUAGUCCUGCAGUUAAAACGUAUCACGUUCAGUAAAUUUGACAUUUUCUAUUCAUGGUGAACAUUUAUCCGGGAAGUCUUUUUUUUUCUUUUUUCUGACAGACAGUAAAAUGAAUCUGUAAACUGCCUCCAAAUGUCUGAAGUGAGUUAUCUACUAUAGUGACCAUCUAUUUCAGUGUGCUUUGAUGUUGUGGGCAGUGAAAUGCAUGACUCUUAUAACUCUGCUCACAGUAUGUAGCAUUGGCUUCUAAUUCAAAGCUUUUCUUCUGUCUGUUGACAGAGUUAUCUGACUAAUCAUUUCUGAACUAAAGUAGAUUCGAUCUUUGCUUCCUCAUCUCCAGGAGGACAAAAACCUCCUUAACUGCAUAAGUAUGAAGUUUAUAAAAUGUGUCAUACUUUAGAUCAAGAUGAUCUGUGACUUUUCCUUGGACAGUGGUAAUAUUAUGUGCUUUACUUACAUUUUGCUAAACAUUUUGAUGUAGCUGCUGAUCUCACAGCUCAUGUUGUGUCAUGAACGAUACCAUACAGUAUACCGUUUUUCAUUCUUUUCCUGUUAAGUUGAUUUUUGUUGACUGGUUUGCUGUGUAAAGAAGAUAUAUUAAGGGACCCCAGAGACAGAUUUAAUACACUUUUUUGAAUUUUUGCAGUUUAAUUUUUCCACAAAGCCAUUCAUCAGUAAGUAAGUUAAUAAGUAACUUCUUAGAAACCACAGUGACUCGAACUGUAUUUUCAAUUCAUUUUCAUUAGUCUACAGUUGACAUGCCAUUAGGCAUUAAUUCAUAUCUGGGAUCAGCAUGGGUUUGCUUUUUUUUUCUAACAUUGAAUAUUCGCCUACCUGCACUUUUCAACCCUGUAUUGGUUCUUUUUUAUUGUCUUGACAAUAAUCUGGGGUUUGUGGAAAGUGUCUGACUGCCUGAAGACGGGUGAUUACUUUUAGGGGAACAGAAAUAUGCCGAAGUGAGGCUGUUUAUAAAUGACAAAUCUUCACUCCGUUUAUAAAUGUAUUAAACUCUUCAAGUUAUUUUAUGGUUGAAAACGGGUUCACUGACUGUUCAGAGAUAAACCAGAAAGGAUUUGCCUUAACGUCUUAUUUUGCUGCUAAUCAAAGUUGGUGGUCAUCUAAUCUCUCGCUCUGCUCUCAGCUCUGUCAUCUCUGUCAUCUCUGAAUUUGCAUAUUAAAAGUCAUGUUGCACCUGGU